AUGGACGAGCCACAGGGCGGAGGGGACCACAGCAGACGGGUGUCGGGUCCGCGCACGCCACCGGCGCGGGGAAGGAAGCUGACGGUGAUGACGGUGACGGCCACGGCCACGAUGAUGAGUCGCGAUGCGACGCGUCAGGUGUGGUCGCUGGAGGGCGAGACACCCAUUACGCUGCUGGCCGAACUGCCAGAGGAGGUCCUGCUGGCCGUACUCGCGUUGCUCGAUGGGCGGGACCUCACCUCUGUCACCGCCGUCAGCUCUUCCUUUCGGCGCCUCGCCCUCGAAGACUCGAACCCGCAGCGCAAGCAGAUGGGCCACACGUGGCGCGAACACUUCAUCGUUGAAAACACUCCCCACCCGCACCGACUCAAACAGAUACGGGAGAUGGCGUGCCAGGUGAGCUUCGUUCCCAAACCACAGACCUACAAGAAGCCGACCACCAUCCUCUUCUUCGGCGAAGAGGCCUCCGGGCGGCGGUCGCUGAUCGACAGGCUACUGUACGACACGUUUGAGGAGGAACUCAUCAUCCAACCGGGCCGAUACUUUCCGCCCGACAUCAAGUGCUGCCUCGUGAACGAGACCGCGUUGAUCCCCGUGCGAUUCACACGACACGGGCACGAAUCGUUCCCGGGACAAUACAACCUGUGGCGAGGCGCCGAUGCGGCCGUCCUCGUGUGCGAUCUGACCAACGAAAAGUCCAUACAAAACCUCCUCCUCUGGCUCGGGGAAGCGGAGCGGUACUUCACCAAGCCGCGAAUAUUCGUGGUGGGCAACAAGUCCGACGUGCACAGCGACAUGCACAUACAGUCCUCGGCCGAGAUCGUCGCUCUGCUGGAUGACUGGCGGUGGCAGCACUCGGGCGUCUUCCUGGGCGAAUACAUCGAGGUGAGCGCCAAGACCGGGCGCAACGUGGACCUGGCCCUCAAGUACGUGGUGGCCGCCCUGGCCCACGUCAACGCCACCGAAGCCUCUUCGCUCCAGCACACGUCGUACUCGGACUUCGAGCGGCUGCACUCGUCGGCCGGCCCCGUCAUGCAGAAGGCCAAAAAGCGAAGCUCCUGUCUCGUUUCCUGA